AACAUGAGUCGUUGUGUGGCUCGAAAAGCUUGAUAUCUUUGUGUAACUCCUAGACGCUUUAAUUCGUUGAUAUGAUACGAAAUGUGAAUUGGUGCUAUCGUGAGACAUUCUCCUGCCUUUUAUGUAUGAUUUUUCUGUUAAAAUCUCAUAAACAUUAGAGAAUGUGUCGACGAUGGUAGCCUUUUUCUCAUCAGAGCAACAAUGUAUUUUCUUUACACCAUUACUGUAUUAUUUAUACUUAUCGUAUUGGGGGGCGGGGGGUUUCAUUAUUAUAUACAUUAUGGAAGAAAUGGGCGACUGAUCAGUCUUAUACCAGGGCCAUCAGGUUAUCCGAUUUUUGGAAAUCUACUGCAAUAUAUAGGCCCACGAGAGAAACAAUGGAAGUUACUGAUCAGUCUAAUUGACCAGUACUAUCCAAUUGUUAAACUUUGGGGAUUCUCUAUCCCCUUUGUAUUCAUCCGUCAUCCGGACGAUUUACAGACAAUAUUAAGCAGCCGGCACCACAUUAGAAAAAACUUUUUUUAUGAUGUUCUACGUCCAUGGAUGGGCAAUAAUAUUUUAAUUAGUGAAGGCGCCAAAUGGCGUUCAAUACGGAAAACAGUAACUCCCGCAUUUCAUUUUGAUAUUUUGAAGCAACAUGCUGAGAUUUUGAUCAAGGAGGGUGAAAACUUGACAACAUCUUUGAAAAAUACAGGAGGCACAGUUGUAAAAGAUUUAGUAUCGUUUGUUAGUGAACAUACGUUGAAUGCAAUAUGCGAAACUUCAAUGGGUAUUUCUCUACGUGACUUCGGUGAAUUCCAGCAAAAAUAUCGAAAAGCUGUUAAUCGGAUUGGCGAACUUUUUAUUUAUAGGUUAGUGAGGAUGUGGUUGCACAACGACUGGAUAUUCUCGUUAACAUCAAAAGGCAAGGAACAGGAAAAUAUUCUAAGAAUGUUACAUGGAUUUACUAACCACAUUAUUACGGAAAGAAAACGGUAUCAUGAACGCAAUAACGGUCAAUUAUUGAGAAGGAAUGGAAAACUUUCCUUGUUGGAUCAUCUAAUAGCAGAAAAUCGAAAAGGUCGUCUAACUGAUUUAGAUGUCAAGGAGCAAAUUGAUGGUUUUAUGUUUGCUGGUCAUGAUACUACGGCAUUGAACUUAACCUAUCUAUUGAUGCUAUUAGCUGAGCAUAAAGACAUUCAGGAUCGUGUCAGAAACGAAGUAAACACCACUUUUCAAGAGAAUGGAAAAAAAUUUAAUAAAAAAUUAUUAGACAAUUUAACAUAUUUAGAUAGAUGUAUAAAAGAAACUUUGCGUCUAUAUCCGAGCGUAUUUUUAAUAUCGCGAGUUGCUGAGGAAGACGUUAAAUUACAGUCAUAUUUAGUACCGGCGGGAACAACUGUGGUCCUUAACAUAUAUGGAGUUCACAGGGAUCCUAAUUUUUGGCUAAAUCCUGAGACAUUUGAUCCCGAUAGAUUUUUGCCAGAGAGGACUCGAAAUCGUCAUUUCUAUUCUUAUAUACCAUUUAGUGCUGGAUCGCGUAAUUGUUUAGGCCAGCGAUACGCCUUUCUACAAAUAAAGGCUUUAAUAGCUCCUCUGAUACAGAAUUAUUAUUUAGAGCCCAUCGAUUAUUUAAAGAAUCUGAGGCUACAGGCUGACUUAGUACUUCGCCCAGCAUGUCCACUUCGUGUAAAAUUUGUCCCUAUUUGAGGCAAGUUGAGGAAACAUAAUUCUUAUUAUUAAUAUAUAACUUUUAGAAUAUAAUAGUUACUUAUAAAUAUACUGUAAAUAAAGAGCACUGCUCGAUCCACACGCGUGUAUACGCACUCAAGUAUCAUAUGUAGGAUAAUGUACAUUAUGGCUGUCGCGAUGAGAGUUGCGCACAAUAUAAAACAAUAAUAUUAUAACAACAGAAAAUUAAUAUACUACCAACGUUAUU